UAUGCAAGUAGGAAAGUCCGCUGAUUCUGACUUUGGCCAAAGAUUUAGAAGAUUAAGUAGUGAGAUUGGAUAUAGUUCCGAAAGAACUGAUAUUGCUAACGCUGGAAUUAUACCGGAAGCUUUAUUGAACGAUAUCGGUUCUUCUGUUGAUGGACUUGAUAGCGAUAAUCGAAAAGAUAUUAGAAAAAAAUAUCAAGUUAUUGAUGAUGAAGAUUUCGGGCAAACUGAUCUGAAUGUAGAAUAUUGA